AUGGCGGCGGCCGCCUUCUCCUCCUCCUGCGUGCUCCGCCCUGGCUUGGUCCCGCUCAGGAGAUGGCGAGUCCUCUCGCGCCCAGCGCCCGGGGCUACCUACAGCACCAGCAGCUCCCCGCGCAGCGCCGCGAGCGAUGAAGCAACCAUUAUCUCAGGGACAAAACUUGCUAAACAAGUCUUGACAGAAGUUCAAAGGGAUGUAGAAUCAUGGAUCUCCCUUGGAAACAAGAGACCUCAUCUCACUGUCAUAUUAGUAGGAGACAAUCCAGCUAGUCAUAUCUAUGUCAGGAAUAAGAUAAAAGCAGCUGCAACUGUAGGCAUUUCUAGUGAGCUCAUACUGAGGCCUAAAGACAUUUCUCAGGAGGAACUCUUAGACAUGACAGUUAAACUCAACAAGGAUUCUACGGUUAGUGGUAUAUUAGUUCAACUACCUCUCCCAGCUCACAUAGAUGAGCGAACAGUUUGUAAUGCUAUUGCACCUGAAAAGGAUGUGGAUGGAUUUCAUAUUAUCAACAUUGGACGCCUGUGUCUUGAUCAGCCUUCUGUAAUACCUGCCACUGCAGCUGCUGUGUGGGAAAUCAUAAAACGGACAGGAAUACAAACAUUUGGUAAAAAUGUUGUUGUAGCUGGAAGAUCCAAGAAUGUUGGAAUGCCUAUUUCAAUGCUUUUACACACUGAUGGAGAACAUGAAAGGCCUGGAGGUGAUGCUACAGUGACCAUUACUCACAGAUACACUCCAAAGGAGCAGCUCAAGAUCCACACUCAGCUAGCUGACAUUGUAAUAGUGGCUGCAGGUAUCCCAAAGUUGAUUACAGCUGAUAUGGUUAAAGAAGGUGCAGCUGUGAUUGACGUAGGCAUCAACCAUAUCCACGAUCCUCUUACAGGAAAGACUAAGUUAGUAGGGGAUGUGGACUUUGAAGCAAUGGGGGCACUGAGUGAAGAGUCAGCUAUUACCGUUUCAUCCCUCAGUGCAGAAUUAUGGAAUAGCUGGACAAAAAACAACACUGAAGUAGACCACACAGAGCAGCCRAGGCUCUUGAAGCUUAUGCAAGCCUGUCUUGAGGAGCACCACAGCUAUUGUAUUAAUGGGCUCUGUGCUUUUCACAGUGAACUGAGGAAACCCAUAUGCAAGUGCCUUGCAGGUUAUAAUGGAGAGAGGUGUGAACAUCUAACACUGAAUUCCUAUGCGCAUAAUUCUUAUGAGCGCUACAUUGCUGUGGGAAUUGGUAUAGGAAUACUGACCAGUGGGAUACUUGCUAUCAUCUACUGCUACGUAAGAAAGAGAUGCAGAAAGCUGAAAUCACCUUACAAAGUUUGCAUGGGUGAGACCGCGCUGUGAAGGCCUGGAACUGGGACACUUACCAGCUUGUCUGUAAACUAGGGAAGGUUCUGACUUGGGAGGCCGUCCCGUGCCGUCUCGCAGGCAUUCCCGCCUCGCUGCUGAGGGGAGGGAAAGGGAAUGGCACAGCAAGGGCACAAAGGAACUCCUGCAGAGCUGAUGGGCUCCGUUCACUUUGAAGAAAGAUUCCCUCUCUUUAGUAAUGCUGCAUGAGCAGCUCAUAGCAGCUAAAGAUGCUUGCAGCCUUCUCAACACUCUCCUGUGGUACACGUUUGCUGAGGGAAGGACUGAUUUUUUAGCUGCUUUCAGCCAUUUCAAGCCCUAGCAGAGUGUGGUGGCCUGGUCUUCCUCCCUCUUUCCCUUUAUUUUUCCCUCUGGCGGAAAAGCACAACCUGUCUCACAAUGGAAUUGUUCUUUGAAUGUCACAUGCUGACAAGGAGCCACCUGGGUUCAUCUUUCACAAGCUCUGCUGCAUGUGGGCUGRUAUCAACAGGCCUCUUCCCACGCUGCAGGUAUCUCCAGUGGGYUAAGCAGAGCACAGGCUUUUCACUGCCAUUCGGACAAAAUUAUAAGACAUCUAAGGCUGAGAAAAAUGUAUCGUCCUCAGAGACUUGUGUAAAAGUAAGAAUAAAACUUAAACCAUUUCUGGAAAAUCACAUUAUGAGAUCUCAGGGCAUUACAUGUUCUUUGAAUUUUGACAAGCAAAGUGCUUGGAUAUCUUCACCGAAAUGGAUACGGAGUGUACUCGCAGACAAAGAACUUUACUCUUCCUUUGCAUCAAAUAGCAACUCAUCAGAGUCUCAAGACCUUCAGGCAAAUCAUUGCUGUCCUGGACCAUGAUUUCAGACUAAGACUCCAGUUGCUGAGGGAGCUGAAAUGUUGUUGUAGAACUUCCAAGAUGGUUCUGUCCAGGAAACAAACUCCUUCAGCUCUGUUUUCACAGUAUGUGCACAAUAUCACCACUGAAAUAAGAAAGAAAUGACCAUAAGGAUUUUGUUCUACCUGGGYCUGACAGAUUGCUUGGUACAUAUUUAAGGUAUUUUGGGUGUUUG